CAUUAGGCUAAUCAGACAGGAAGUCUAUAAAGUGUGCCUGUGCCAAUGUGCCUUGGAUCAUUUAGUCAUGGUGACUCAAUUCUACCUUGGCGUGUUAAUCUGGGCUGUUUAUACAACAACCGUCGCUAAUGCAGAUAUCAAGGUAGUCUGUGCAAAAGACUCGGUAAUGAUCACAUGGAGGAUCAGUGCGGAGAUGGUGCCACAUGCAGCUCGUCUCUUCCUCGGAAGCUGCAUGCCAUCUCACCUGAAUGUGAUGACCACUGGCGAGGGGGAAGCACAGUUCAACUACCAGUUUGCUGAAUGCAAGUUUAAAAAACUGAUAAAAGGAAAACGCUUAAUCUAUCAAAAUGAACUGACUUACAGGCCACACGCAAAGACAAAACCUGCAGCCUUUGUGUAUCCCAUCGAGUGUAUUUAUAAAAGACCUGAGGCCUGGGUUCCCCAAUUCCUGAACCCUGGAUCAGGUGUUUCUGACGGUCGAGGCGGGUUGAUCUUCCACAUGGCACUCCUCAAUGAGCAAUUAACAGGUGUAGCCAAGACAAAUCUCGUCCCUCUGGGCUCUUUCAUGCCAAUAUGGGCAGCAGUGGAGCAGAAGUCCCAUCAACCUUUGCUGCUGCUCAUGGAGGAAUGUGUGGCAGCCCCGACACGAGAGCUGCAGCACGGCAGCCAGGUUUACCCAAUCAUUGACAACAAAGGAUGUCUUCUGGAAAGCAUGAGGGGAAACUCGGUGUUCCUUCCUCGAUACCACUCGUCUGCCAUCAUCCUCUACCUGCAGUCCUUCAAGUUUCCUCUUGGAGAGGAGGUGUACAUCCACUGUAAACUGGUCGCAUGGGAUCCUGAAGUUCUGGAUGAGAGCAAGAAAGCCUGCCAUUAUGUAAAGGAAAAUGGGAGAUGGGAGCUACUCGAUGACCCGUUUCAGAGCUCGCUCUGUAGCUGCUGCGAUUCAACCUGCAAGUCUCGUUCCAAAAGAGGAGUUGAAUGGGAAUCACAUGGCCAGAGUCACAAUUCUGUGUUGGGACCCCUGAUCAUCGUGGAGCCGUCUGACUCAAGGUCCCACAGCACACCUGUGGAGUUGGUCAUUGCAGCUGACUCUCAGGGUAGCCCAGUCUAAGGUGAUGAAGACUGAGGGGCCAGUAACAGAUGACGUCGGCUUCCUUCCGGACUAACAAGAUGUUUGGGACAUCAUCUUAUCUUGACUUAUGUUUUAAGAUCUAUUAGAUCUUACAGCAGUAACUGCCAAAAAUGUUAUAGCUCCAUCUUCUGGUGUGCAAUAAAACUGGUUUAAACUCCUGUUA